AUGCAGUCCGUUGAUUUGUGAGAACUAUGUCUCUGUCGGAGCAGGAUCGAUCAAUCAUGUCUUCUCCUAUUCUUCGUAUUGAGGAUGGCUUCAUCCUUACCCAGAUGAAUUACUGGGAGCAAGUGAGGGAAUCAGGGGGUUUUGAUAUCGAACAUAUCUCAGUACCUCAAAAUACACGCGGACUCGUGCCUUACGAUUGUGAAAACAAGAGGAUGAGGUAUCCUAAACGUGUGUUGGUCAAUCUUUACGCUAGACUCGGUCUCCAUCGUUACAACCUCUCUAAGGGAACAAAUUUAGAGUUCCACCACCUGAAGAAGUUCAACAUGAUUAUGAAUUGUAUCUCCUCGUACCGCAUCACUUUGGUCGCUUAUGAUCCAGCGACCAGUUCGCUGAUAACCUUUUUGGUUGGAGUCUCUGAGGAAGUAUAUGCUAGUCUGAAUUUGAUGGUCUUCAUUGCUAGACCUCAAGCUGAUAAGCCUCCCUUCCCAGAACCAAUUAGGCCAAUUGGUUCCACCAUUUAUCCCUUGAGACCGGAUGAGGAUGCAUGUGAUGACAAGGGAUUACCUUUCUGGCCAACCGAUUUUGAGGAUACAACACGUUUCUACUGCUGAAGGAAUCAGAGGACUGGAUUCGUCUAUACUUGGAAAUUGCUCUUUGUUCAAAUGAUAGGAACAUUCCCGAAAGCCAUCUCUCCAAGCUACAGAUUGUGAGAGUUGCAAGGGAAAGAUCACCUAUUGAGCAUGUGGAUGCCACAAGUACCAUUUUCUACAUAACGUUUAAAGGCUUGCCCGUGGCUCGGGUUGGUGAGGAUGGUGAGCAUGUUGAGCGCAGAGUCAUAAUUAGAAGGUAUGUGGAUCUGUCUACCGGAUACUUCACUCUCAUGGGUGGGUUUGGGUUCUCGGUCGGCGAAGACACCAGUCAUCGCCCUAUGACUCGCCUCCGGAGCACUGAUGAAUUUUGUGCUGAGCAGAAGAGGCUGUACCCUACGACUCCCCCGUGCCCAGCCAUCCCCAUUGCUGAUUGGUGGAAAAGCUAGAUCAUUGACCUCUACAGGUCUCUCUGCUAUCAUCAUAAUAAUAAUCAUCAGUUGAAUAACUGAGGAUUUAAAAACAAAACCCAAACAUUUAAAAUCCAAGAUUCAAUACACAUGUAAUCCACUCUUAUUCAAUUAAUAAUUUACAAAAACAAAAUCAAAUCUAUUGUUAUUCAAAGAUAAACACUUUUGAAAAGAAAAAACUAUGAAAAGGAUUUGAAGCAAACUUUUUUAUUAUUUUCAGUCAAAACUAUGGUAACUCAAAUCUCACCUUUGUGCCUCUUAUUUGGAAAGACCCAAAUUCAAUAUUAAAAAUUGGCCAAAGCAAAACGAUCCAUAUCCCUGAACACAAUGGUGACGAUGAAGCUCACACCUCUAUACUUGUUACUUCGCCACCGUCUCUCCAAAAUCAAAGGUGGCCAGGAUUCAUGGUGAUUUGGGUGUUCAACAAGGUGACGUCGUCGCUCGUGCUCCCUAAUUCUGUCUACAAUGGAGCUAGUGUAAGAUUCAAUACUUCUCAAUAUGAUUACACCUAGUCCGAGUAAUGUUUAUGUAGCAGAUUUGUUAUUGUGCCAUAUCUACGGGCUAUCACUCGUUGUAUUACCAGAAGAUAUGGUGCUUCUGAUCUUGUUAACAUACAAGAGUUUUAAGAUCACUCUUUUCAUGUCUCUUUUAUUUCGAUGGCACUGACAAUGAAGGCUAAAGGAGUUUGUGGUGGGGCAGUGUUGAUGGCAGGUCUCUGUGUUGAUGGCAGGUCUUUGCUUUGUAUUGUUGGAAUCACUGUUUCUCUGUUUCUUUUUGUUGCAGGAUAUCUAACAAACUUAUUUACAUGAGUUAAACCUAUUUGCAUAAAUCCUUGCCUCUUGAGAGAGAAAAAGCUAUAAGAAAUUAGAGGUUUGGUUCACCCAAAUAAGCUAUUUGUCAAGUGCAGUUGAAACAGGUACAUUGCUUCGACUCUCAAAACUCAAAAGCUUGAGGAAGUAUUCUUCUAUGAGACUACUUGCUCCAAAUAUGCAAGCUAAGGUAGAAGUUCAGAGCUUUGGUUUUGUCCUUCCACCAUAAAAGCCAGGAGAUCUCUGGAUGUAACAUGUAAGGUACACGAGCUAGCAAUGCUAAUUUUUAUUUUUGUUUUGGAUAAAAUAUAUAUCUUGCUGAUAUCUUUAUGGGCUGCUCCUUCGAAAAUCAAAUAAUAUGGUGGGCUUCUUUUAUGUUUAGUUGUUUAAUUAGGGUUAGAUACGUAUGCAUAUAUCUAUAUAUAAGAUCAGUAACAUGCAUACAUGCAUCAAUCAUCUCUUCUAUGAGACUACUUGCUCCAAAUAUGCAAGCUAAGGUAGAAGUUCAGAGCUUUGGUUUUGUCCUUCCACCAUAAAAGCCAGGAGAUCUCUGGAUGUAACAUGUAAGGUACACGAGCUAGCAAUGCUAAUUUUUAUUUUUGUUUUGGAUAAAAUAUAUAUCUUGCUGAUAUCUUUAUGGGCUGCUCCUUCGAAAAUCAAAUAAUAUGGUGGGCUUCUUUUAUGUUUAGUUGUUUAAUUAGGGUUAGAUACGUAUGCAUAUAUCUAUAUAUAAGAUCAGUAACAUGCAUACAUGCAUCAAUCAUCUCUUCUAUGAGACUACUUGCUCCAAAUAUGCAAGCUAAGGUAGAAGUUCAGAGCUUUGGUUUUGUCCUUCCACCAUAAAAGCCAGGAGAUCUCUGGAUGUAACAUGUAAGGUACACGAGCUAGCAAUGCUAAUUUUUAUUUUUGUUUUGGAUAAAAUAUAUAUCUUGCUGAUAUCUUUAUGGGCUGCUCCUUCGAAAAUCAAAUAAUAUGGUGGGCUUCUUUUAUGUUUAGUUGUUUAAUUAGGGUUAGAUACGUAUGCAUAUAUCUAUAUAUAAGAUCAGUAACAUGCAUACAUGCAUCAAUCAUCUCUUCUAUGAGACUACUUGCUCCAAAUAUGCAAGCUAAGGUAGAAGUUCAGAGCUUUGGUUUUGUCCUUCCACCAUAAAAGCCAGGAGAUCUCUGGAUGUAACAUGUAAGGUACACGAGCUAGCAAUGCUAAUUUUUAUUUUUGUUUUGGAUAAAAUAUAUAUCUUGCUGAUAUCUUUAUGGGCUGCUCCUUCGAAAAUCAAAUAAUAUGGUGGGCUUCUUUUAUGUUUAGUUGUUUAAUUAGGGUUAGAUACGUAUGCAUAUAUCUAUAUAUAAGAUCAGUAACAUGCAUACAUGCAUCAAUCAUCUCUUCUAUGAGACUACUUGCUCCAAAUAUGCAAGCUAAGGUAGAAGUUCAGAGCUUUGGUUUUGUCCUUCCACCAUAAAAGCCAGGAGAUCUCUGGAUGUAACAUGUAAGGUACACGAGCUAGCAAUGCUAAUUUUUAUUUUUGUUUUGGAUAAAAUAUAUAUCUUGCUGAUAUCUUUAUGGGCUGCUCCUUCGAAAAUCAAAUAAUAUGGUGGGCUUCUUUUAUGUUUAGUUGUUUAAUUAGGGUUAGAUACGUAUGCAUAUAUCUAUAUAUAAGAUCAGUAACAUGCAUACAUGCAUCAAUCAUCUCUUCUAUGAGACUACUUGCUCCAAAUAUGCAAGCUAAGGUAGAAGUUCAGAGCUUUGGUUUUGUCCUUCCACCAUAAAAGCCAGGAGAUCUCUGGAUGUAACAUGUAAGGUAC